AUGUCAUCCUCUUCGAUGGCCAUCGAAGACAUUUUCAGAAGCAACAAUUUCACCGUCUAUCUCCUAAGCAUUGUUUUUAGUUCAUUCAUUCUCGUUGUUUUCACCGUAUUGUAUUUCAUUGUCCUCACCAUUCGAUGUUGUCUUCAACACAAAGUCGAAAAGAAAAUUCGACUCGAGCAACAAGCUCGGGACAAGGAAGAAUUACAGAAACAACAACAACAACAACAACACGGAAAACAUGCUUCGAAACGUAAAACACUCCAUUUAUCAACAACAGCAGCAUCUUCACCACAAGUGUCAACAAAUGCCAUCCAUCAAGAGCGAUCUUCUGCGAUCAUUAACAUUGCCGAUGAUCAUCAAAUUGAAAUUUCUAGAAAUUCUCUUGCUCAUUCGAAUCAACAUGGUGAGAGUGGACUCAUGGUUCAAGGAGUGAGUAUGAAUGGAAUUGAAUCCAUUACUGGAACAAGUAACUCGAUGGUCGGUGGCGUCGGAGUUGGAGGUGUGACGACUUUAUUACAAUUUGAUCCAUUUGCGUAUGAAGAUGAAAGUGAGGAAUGGACGUGUGGAGCAUGGAACAAAUCAUUGAAGUGUUGGAUUGGAAUGGAAGUGUUGUAUUUUGUGGAGAAUGUGUUGUUGUUGUUUAUGGCAUAUGCGUUGAUUACUUAUAUUUCAUCAUUGGUGGCAUUUCAAUAUCUUCACUGGGGUGCAGGUAUUGCCAUUAAUUUAUUUCUCACCAUCCUUACAGUACUUCAUGGAGUUCGUUAUCGAUUAAUUCAUGACAAACUCAAUUCCAUGGUCGAUUUAGAAGAAGAAGCAUCCAACGUCACUUCUCCAAACAAUGACUAUCGUGAAAGCAUGGCCGAACAUCACGAGACUAUUCCAACCAUUACGCUUAAUCACGAAUUAUCAUCCAACCAUAAGGAAAUUCAAAACAAUACUUCUCUUGAUCCAAGUGCUCCAUCUCCUCCUACUUCCAUAGAUAGUCAUCCAGCAGCAGCAGCAGCAGUUCACACCAUCAUUGGAGAUUCUCAACAACAAUCUUCACAAAUGCAAUUAUCGACUCACACCUAUGAUCAAAAUUCAGUGGUUGCUUCUUCUCCUGUUCCUUCGACACCAUCCAAUGCUGCAACCACUCAUGGAUACGAUCAACAAAUUGAAUUAAUGCCAAUGAAUACGAAUGGUACUACUACUAGUGUCGUGACAAGUUCAUUACAAACUCUUCCAACGAGUAGUAGUGAAAAUAUCAAUUCUGGAAAUACCAACAAUAUUGAAAUGAAUGUCACCGUUCAUAUGGAUGAAUUAACGAGUGUGAAACGUCAACAAACCAAACUCGUCAUUUUACGACAAGAAGAUGUCAAUGAAAAUGUGGAUAUUCACAAAUUUAAAUUACUCGAUGGACCUCCAAAAGUCUAUCAAGAUGAUCAUCUUUCCACAACAGCUCCAUCUUUCCACAAGAAAGAACGUUCAUUACACAAACGAUUGGCCUCUCCUUUCGAAAUUUACUUUAAAUCCAUUCAAUACGGAAUUGUGAAUCGAUUCAUUCUCUUCAUUCUCUAUUUAAUUCUAGCCAUGGUCAUUACCAUUGUGUUGACUUCAUUCUUUUAUGGAACUUGUAUUUGUUUGAAUGAUUUUGAAUUUUCAACCACUUUUACAAGAUAUGUCAAUUCGAGAGAAUCCCUUUCGGUGUGUGGAGAGAGAACCAUAUGUUCUCAAGUACUCAUGCUUCCAGAAAAACCUCAACGAGAAAUGAUUGUGAAAUUUUUCACAGAAUCUCGACCUCAAGGAGUUUCUUUUGUGAUUUAUUCGAAAAAUUCAACGCAAUUGAAUGCAUUCAUUCAACAAUCAAGUGUUUCACAAUUACUAGAUGGAAGUGCUCUCUAUAGUAAUUUAACAGUUUUGAAUUCUUUAUUGAGCGAGGCAAAUCGAAAUCAAACAAAUGUCGACAUGUUGUUACAAUUACAAACAUGUAGUGUGGAAGAUUUAAACGAAUUUCAAGCAGAACUCAUUCAACGUUAUGUCCAUACUUGUAAAUUGAGUGCACUCACUCCACAAACGUCAUACUAUUUUUCAACAUUUUAUUUCACCAUUGUUGAGAGAUUAUCGAGUGAAUUUACAAAUAAUGUUACUUCCAAUUACAAAACUCUACUUGUGAAAAGUUCUACACUCAGCAAGUGGACAACCUUUUCAAAUAUGAUGGCAAAUCCAAUUAAAUUUAUUGUGAGUGGAGAAGUUGGAUUUAAUGACAAAUCUCUCAAUAUGAUGAAAGAGGCCAUUCAAAAUUCAAAUCCAUCUUUUAUUGCCUUUACUGGAAAUAUUGCAUUUGAUAAUGGAUUUUUAACAUGUUAUGGAAGAUGGGUGAAAUUUUUAUCGAGAUAUCAAUCCAUUGCACUUGAUUCGAAUAAUAAUUCCAUUCCAUUAUUGACAGCUAUUGGAAAUCAUGAAACAUUAUUUUGGAGAUUUAAGGCCAAUUCAGAAAAUGAUUUAAGACCUUAUCGAGCAUUUAUUUUACAUGAAAUCAACAAGACGGGCGCUUCACAAGAAUUUUCACACAUGCAUUAUAUUUUCAAUGAAAACUCAACGACAUGUUCCAUGAUGGUAUUAGAUAGUCAUGUGGUAAAAAGUCAUGAAUCUCAACAAUCGUUUAUUGUUUCGAAAUAUUCGAGUGGAGUUGACAAGUAUCGAAUGGUCAUGUAUAAUAUGCCACUGUAUCCAUCAGUUUCAGAUUUUGACACUGAAUUAUCAAGAAAUGGUAGAAAUUAUUGGUCACCUCUCUUUACCACUCACAAUGUAACGCUUGCAUUUGAGGGUUAUGAUCGAUCGUACAAGAGAACAAAGGUGAUCGCGGCCACAGCAGCAACAAACAAUGGUGUCAAUGUGUCGCCAAAUGUGCUUGUGCAAAAUCAAACGAGUUGCUCCUUCUCUUUAGGUACCACUCAUGUUGGAGAUGGCUCUAUGGGUGCAGAUUUAGCUAGAUCACUAUCAAGCGUUACGACAUCUGUUGCAGAUUUAUUCUAUACUCGACAAAUAGCUCACAACUACAAAGAAGUAACUUGCGACGGUGUGAAUGGAGUGAAAGUGAAAGUUUUUAAUGAUAAUGGAGCUUUAUUAGAUUAUUUUGAGAGAUAUUAA